AUGCUCAAGUACCAGAAGUGGCUCGCUGCAGGUGUCACAUUACUCACGCUGUGGCUAUCGCUGCUGCAAUACGUGUCCAAGCAUGUGCUCAAUCCCCACAUGGUGACGGUAGUAAAAGCGCUGCCCUUGCUUGCGGUCGUGUCUUUUGGCGUGUACUCGCUGGCAGUGAUCACGUUGUCAGUCAUGGCAGUACAAGACUUCCCCGAGGCAUCCAAGGAACUGGAUGAACAUGUGGUAGCAGCGAAACUGGACCUUGCAAAGAAGGGAUUCAAGUUUUAG